AUGACUACUUUAUCCAAUGAUGAUCCCACUUCAUCUUCUUCGGUUCAUCCUGAAGAAAAUUCAUCAGUCUUGGUAGGUGGUUUACCUCAAAUUAAAGAUGAAGAUCAUACCACUUCAAAUAAUAAUCAUAGUCUUAAUAAUAGUAAUAACAAUAGUAAUAACAAUAGUCAUAAUCAUUCCAAUAAUAAUACUAAUCCAAACACCAAUAAUUCAACUCCAACCGUUAACAAUAAUCAUAGUCUUCAUACUCAUAAUAUUCAUCAACAACAUUAUCAACCUCAACCUUUACAACAACAACAAUCAUCUCAACAACCUCAAGUUUCAGGUCAACCUCAAUAUGACCCUCAUCAUCCUUCCUUAUACCACUCUACUUCAACCUCUCAACAUCAUCAAAUCCAUGAUCCUCAAUUAACUUCUCAUCAUCAACAAGUUCAACAACAACAACAACAUAAUAUCAUUCCUCAACAUCAAUUACAUCAACAACAUCAUCUUAGUCAUAAUCCUGUGGCUGCUGCCGCUGCUGCUGCCGCUGCUGCUCAGCAACAACAACAACAACAAUUACAACAUCAUCUUGUUCAAUAUGGAGCUCCUGAUCAACAAGAUCAUAUUAAUGUUCAGUUGACUCAACAAUUACCUUCUUUCCCAACUUCGUUGACUCCUCAACAUCAUUCACAUUUCCAACAACAACAGCAACAGCUUCAACGACAGCUACAACAACAACAACUCCAACAACAACUUCACCAUCAACAACAACAGCAACAACAACAAGUUCAACAACAACAGUUGGGUCAUCAUCAAAUAUCCAUCCCUGCUCCAGGUCAACAACAACAGCAACAUCUCCAACAACAACACCUUCAACAACAACAUCUCCAACAACACCAACAUCAACAAGUUCAACAACAACAACAGCAUCAUCUUGAUUUGUUAGCAGCCACUCAAUCUCAUGAACAUGAAUUUGGUGAUAAUAUCACUAAUCGUAAAGUUGCUCCAAGAUCAACUGAUUUAUUUAGAGUUGGACCACAAUUUAGUGAAACUAGACAUCAUCAAGAAAUCUAUUGUAAAGGUAAUGAUGUGGAAGUUAAUCCAAUUUUAGAAGCUAGAAUUGAUAGAGGUUUCGAAAUUGGGGAAAAUGGUAAUUGGAUUGGUUAUAAAAGAAAUUAUUUUACUUUAGUUUCAGCUUUUACCCUUGAAAAUUUUAAUUUUGAAAGAUUUAUGAAUAAUAAAUUUUAUACUUUUGAAAAAAAUAGAAAUGGUACUACUUCAUCAAAUGGUAUUAAUACUCCAAAUACUGCUAAUGGUAAUGGUCAUCAUAAUCAUCAUCCUCAUCUUCAACAACAUUCUUUAAAUCAUCAUUUACAUCCAUCUAAAGUUGAAAUCAGUUAUUUUGCUAUUAGAUUAGUUGCAAAAUGUAGUGAUGAUGAUGUUUCAAUUAGUUUAAUUCAACAUACUGCCAAAAGAGAUAAAGGUCCACAAUUCCCACCUCCAAUUUAUCCUGCUGUUCCUGGUGAUUUACCUGAUCAUGAAACUGUUAAAGCAUCAUGUAAUAAACGUAAUGGAAAUAAAAUUGAAAGUAUGAAUAAAGUAUUUUAUUUUGAUCGUAAUGAAUAUUAUCAUCAUAUUAAUUUAAAUUCAAUGAAGGAUGAUUCAAUUUUAAAAAAUUAUCCAAGUGAUUCAAUUGCUAAGAUUGCAAGAUUUGAAAGAAUUCAAUUCACCUCAUCAAUUAGAAUUAAAUCUGCUUCAGCAAAUUCAAGAUAUUUCACUUUACAUGUGGAAUUAUUAGGUAUAAUUGAAGAUGAAGAUAUGCAAAUCCAACCUAUUUUAUUAAGUUCGAUUGAAACUCCACCUUUAAUCAUUAGAGGUAGAUCUCCAUCUAAUUAUCAUAAAGAUAGAACUUCAGGUUAUAGAGGUCAAAAUGAUUAA